AUGAUGCUGGCUUUCAUUUUGAUGCAGAUGAUUCUCAGAUGGUUCUACCGCUGGACUGUGACAGGAGCCUCUCUGACUGUUUGGACGAUCUAUAAUCAGAGCAGUGGCCACACCCCCUCUGCUGCUCUGGGCCUGGACCUGGGCCUGGACCUGGGCCUGGACCUGGACCUGGGCCUGGACCUGGGCCUGGACCUGGGCCUGGACCUGGGCCUGGACCUGGGCCUGGACCUGCAGAUCCAAAAGUCUAAAGUGCUUGAAAGUUUGGAACAGCCAAAACUGAAACAUGGGAUGCACGGAGGAGAUGAUCGACAGAUUAGUUGCCCUUGGAAUAUUAAAGAUCGAGAAAAGGGCAGAUAUCAGGGUAUUAUUCCUUCACUCGAUGUCUGGCAUGCCUCAAAUAAUCUAACAAAGAAACUUCGUGCUGCUGGAAUGAACACAAGCCCCAGAGAGGAGUUUAUGUAG